AACGGUUCUACCGUAUUAUUGUUCCCCCGUUGGUCUCUGUAGCCGCGAGGUGUGUUUUCGGUGUUUAUUCUGCAGUUUUCUUCUUUUCACAUCAGUUAAAUGUGUUUAUUCAAUAAUUCCACGUUUAAUAUUUUAUAAAAACCUGACAUGGUUUGAUUUUGGACACAUUAACAACUUUAAAAUGGACGAAAGCUCGUUAGCUUCUUUGUUUAUAUUCCAUCGUAGAUUAGCAUGUUUAUGAUGCUGCUACGCGUUUGUAACCCGGUGUGUUGUAAUUAUUAACGUUGGAACCAGUUGGCUGCUUGGUAACUUGUGGUAAACAUGGACUCAGAUCGGAGAAGAGACAGCCGGAGUUGGGACUGGGACAGCCCGCAGUGCCGAUCUCAGCUGGAUGAGAUCUUUUUCCGUGAGAAUGACUACAUCCGAGCCGGUAGCCCCGAACACAAAGAGUUUUGGGCGUUCUUUGACCGUUUCCAGAGGUUCAAAAUAAAAAGAGAAAUGUCUGGUUCAGGAUUCAGCGGAGAAGAGGAAAGAGGGGGGAAAGAUAAAAAGACAGGGACUAAAGAUCUUGGUCUUCCAAAAGAAUAUGACGCACGAUACCGGAUUAAUGUGUCUGUAUUCACCAGAGACGUUGAGGAACGUAUGGGCAGGUCCGAUCAACGAAGCAGGCAGAGAUCUUCAGGACCAGGAUCUCAGGAGAUCUCAGAUUUCCGCCUAGCUCUGCUGCAUUUCCUGGACUUCAGUCAGAAACAAAGCUUUGGUAAGCUGGCCAAGCUUCGUCGGGAGCAGAAGAACCUGCCCAUAUUCCAGUACCAGGACCGGAUACUGGAGCUGGUAAGACUUCACCCAGUGGUUGUGGUGGCAGGAGACACGGGCUGUGGGAAGUCCACCCAAGUGCCUCAGUAUCUUCUCUCAGCUGGAUUCAGCCACAUCGCCUGCACUCAGCCACGGCGCAUCGCCUGCAUCUCUCUGGCAAAAAGGGUCAGCUUUGAGAGCCUGAAUCAGUACGGGUCCAAGGUGGGUUAUCAGAUCCGCUUCGAGACCACUCGAACCACCUCCACCAAGCUGCUCUUCCUGACUGAGGGCCUCCUGCUGCGGCAGAUCCAGCAGGAUGAGUCUCUGGAUCAGUACCAGGUGGUGAUUGUAGACGAGGUCCAUGAGCGGCACCUCCACUGCGACUUCCUCCUCGGGGUUCUUCGUACUCUGCUGAAACAGCGACCAAACUUGCGCCUCAUCCUCAUGUCGGCCACCAUCAACAUCAAACUCUUCUCUGAAUACUUUAACAGUGCUCCGGUGCUGCAGGUCCCAGGCAGACUGUUUCCUAUUCAGGUGAUCUACCAGCCCAUUCCACCUGAGGAGCAGGCCUCACGCUCAGAGAAACUGGAUCCUAGGCCGUACCUGCGCAUCCUGCAGGGCAUCGACCAGCGGUACCCUCCAGAGGAGCGUGGAGAUCUGCUCCUCUUCCUCAGUGGCGUGGCAGAGAUCUCCACCAUCCAGGAGGCCUGUCAGAUUUACGCGACGCACACUCGUCGGUGGAUAGUUUUACCGCUGCACAGCACCCUCUCUCUGGCUCAGCAGGACAAGGUCUUUGACAUCGCUCCUCCUGGUGUGAGGAAGUGCAUCAUCUCCACCAACAUCGCCGAGACUUCGGUUACAAUCGAUGGGGUUCGAUUUGUCGCUGACUCAGGAAAAGUAAAGGAAAUGAGUUUUGAUCCAAAGGCUAAGAUGCAACGUCUGCAGGAGUUCUGGAUCAGCCGAGCCAGCUCCGAGCAGAGGAAAGGUCGAGCUGGACGCACAGGUCCAGGUGUUUGCUACCGCCUUUACUCCGAGUCCGACUACAACGCCUUUGCUCCGUAUCCUGUGCCUGAAAUCCAUAGAGUGGCUCUUGAUUCUUUAAUUCUACAGAUGAAGAGUAUGAAUCUUGGAGAUCCACUUUCUUUUGUUUUUAUUGAUCCACCUCCAUCCUCAAGUAUUCAGACUGCAGUUACUUAUCUAAAGCAGCAGGGGGCGCUAGACAAUCGUAGUGAACUGACCUCUAUUGGUAAAUUGUUGGCUCAGCUGCCUGUUGAUGUGGUUAUAGGGAAGAUGCUGGUUUUAGGCUCUUUGUUUAAUCUGGUGGAGCCCAUGUUGACAGUGGCAGCCGCCCUCAGCGUUCAGUCACCGUUUCUGCGCAGCUCACAGCAAAACCCAGACUGUGCCACCGCCCGCCAGCCCCUGCACAGCAACCAUGGAGACCCCUUCACCCUCCUAAACACCUUCAACGCCUGGGUGGAGGUUAAAGGAGAAAGAGGCGGUGGCUCCAGGAAGUGGUGCAGGAGGAGAGGCCUGGAGGAGCAGCGACUUUAUGAAAUGGUUAACCUACGCAGACAGUUCAAGGAGUUGCUGAAGAGUCAUGGCCUGCUGGAGUCAGAGGAGACAGCGCCCUCUGGUGGAGACCGUGCGAAACGCAGGGAGAGGUUGACAGAGAGGAGAAAACUUCAUCAGUUGAAGAGAGAUCAUGAGCAACAGGAAGGCAGCAAACGCAAAGUCCUGAAGCUGGAAGAGGGUCAGGAUGGAGAAUUGUCCGGAUCCGGAUCAGAUACAGAGGAGCGAGGAAGAGGCAGGAAGGACAAGAAAGACAGGAAAGAACAGGACGUGGACAUCCAGGAGGUGAAGUUUAAGCUGCGCCACAACGUGUCAGAGCUUCAGGAGGCAGUCAGUGUGAGUCAGGACUUGUCGUCACGUCAGCAGGCGUUACUCAAGCUGCUGCUGUGUCGAGGCCUCUACCCUCAGCUGGCACUGCCCGACGAGCACAACACCACCAGGAAAGACUCCGACCAGGUUUUUCAUACAAGGAGUAAACAGGGAGUGGUGAUCCACCCGACCAGCGUCUUCUCCAGCGAUCCAGAAGUGUUGCACGUGCCUGAAGCUGACAGCAGAGACACCGGACCUGAUAGGAAAGACAGCAGCAAACACCAACUGUUAGCCUUCGUCACCCUGCUGGAGACUAACAAGCCGUAUUUGUCCAACUGUGUUCGGGUUCCAGCCUUGCAGGCUCUGCUGUUGGUGUCCAACUCUGUGGACACAAACGCCGACUGUACUCGUCUGGUGGUGGACGGCUGGCUGGAACUGGAGCUAAAGGAACCAGAGGAGGCACUGAGGGUUCUGUCCACGGCUAUCAGUCUCCGGGCCGAAUGGGAACGCCUGCUGCAGGCCCAGCUGGGACAGAACCAAGCAGGAGAAGCAUCGGUCCAGGGAUUGUCCCGCAGAAACAGGGAGAAGCUGAGUGAGAACCUGGUGCGCUUCCUGCUCUACACUGAGGUGGUGUACAGCCUACAGCGACUCACCGCUCUGCAGACCCAGAACCUUUACGUCGGCCCUCAGCCCGAGUCGGACUCAUCCUACGCUGAGACUCCAGAUCUGAGCCUGUUGUUCCCAGGAGCAGACCCCAAACCGGAUCCCAUUAAAGGAGGUCUGCAGGUGACCAGCUUCUUCACCUACAACUGUCUGACUGAUUCCAAGGAUCUCUACAGCGAGUGUUUACGGACUUUCUGGAGCUGCCCUAACUGUGACCUCUACAUGCCUCUGACCCCUCUGGAGCGCAUGCAUCAUGAGGCAUCCUGCAGACCUGCUGGUGAGAAAGAGCAAGAAGAAAAAGAAUCAGAAGGUGGAAGAGCGGGCUCGUCCUCCAUGUCUGCUCUUACCAGAGCCUAUCACUGUGACGUCUGUAACGAAGACCUGACGCUCACCUCCACGGAGAUCCUCAAACACAAACGGCAACACAUGUAUUCUGCCAAGUAACAAACGACAUCACAAUUUAUUUCUCCUCUUGUGGAUUUGAGCUGAAGCGCUGUUUCAGCUGCAGUUACUUUCAGAGAGAACAAAGCAUCCAUGUUUGGAAGAAAACAGCCCUGAAAAGUGUUUUUCAAAUAAAAAAUGUAAAAAAAAAACAUUCUGGAGCUUUGCACUGAAGCACGAGUAAAAAGAAGAAAACACAAAUUUAAAAUAUAGAGUGAGGGUUUAAUAAUGAUACAAACCCACGAUAUGUAACACCUCAAAGCAGCACAUUGGCACAAAGUCAGAAGUCAGACAGCACAGAAGAUAAAAACCUGUCUCAAAAAAAUAAAGAAUCAGAAUAAAUAUCUCAAUAAAUAAAUAAACAGGUAAUAUCUCAUUAAGUACUUUGAAACUAAUAAAUACGUACAUGUGAAAAUAUGCACACCGUCAGAAAUCAAGAACCAAAAAAGUACUUAAUACAGAGUUACUUAGAAAUCAUAAGUUAUUGAUUACUCAAAUCAAAAGGCACAUUUAUUAAGAUGUAGGAAUGGGACCUGCAGUUGUGAUUCCAAUGACUGUCGGAGCUUUUAAGACCAUUUCUGAAUCAGACAUAGCGAGCGAUGGCUUUACUAGUUCUGCGUGUCUGCAGCGCCACGUGAGCGCUGGACGGCGCGAGCGUGUCACAAACAGAUCAGUCAGGGAUGGCGGCGAGCUUUCUGCCACUGAGAAUCUGAAUUUUAUCAGACGCCCCCCCCCCCCCCUCUUUAAAUCGCUUUGAGCAAAAGUUAUCUAUUUUUCUGUUAAAUCUCAUUUUAAAAGGUGGUAAAGCUAUUUUCAAAUCUGCAAGAUUUUUUAUAUGUAUUUUAAUUAAAACCGUGGGUUUUCAGAAGAGCCCCAUAAUAUUUAGCUUGAUGGCUUUCAUACCUCUCCGUAUUUAUUUUAUGUCUUGAAAUGACUGAUAUUUGUUUAAAUAUUCAGUCACUGGAAAAGCUGGUUGUUGUUGUUAAAAUUGGAAGAAUGUCCUACAGAUUCAUGACAUAAGUAAUGUGAGUAAAUCACCAGCUGUGACCCUGCCACCUCACAUUUCUAAUUUCUCAGAAGCAGUUGAACAUUUAGAGUUUUGAAUGCAGGUAUUUAAAAUAGCAGCCUCUUAGUUUUAAAGCAACACUCAGCAAAUCCAUUCGCCACUCUGGUCUGAUAAACAGUUUUUCCACUUUUUCAAGUCUGCCUCUCUAUUAGCUGUCUACUGUCAGCUGCAACGCGCGUUAACGCCACACCGCUGCGCAAACUGCACUUUUGUGUCCAUAUUUGUUUUUUAUAUCGAACAGAAACACAUCACACUUCUCAUUUCCAACAGGUUUCCAUUUCUGCCAAAUAAUUCUCAAACUAGUGAUAUAAAAAUACUCUUUCAUACAUUGUUCAUUGCACUUAUUUGUAUUUUUUGGGUGUACCUCUUUAAAAUCUUGUCGUAAAUGAGUUUUUCUCUGGGAAGUGUUCGGUCUUCGUGAGUUUUAGGUAGAGCUGACUGAUUCGGAGGCUUCAGUUUUAAGCACCUUAUCUGACUCAAAAAAGUUCAGCGAAGGGAUGAGAUGUUUUUUUAUCAUUAAUAUUAAAAGUUCAUGGAGUAAUGGGAGGAAAUAUGUGCAAAGUGAGGAUGUUUGUUGACGUUUUCUCCUUUUUUUUAAA